AUGGCCCUGACGAAUUCUCUAGCCGACUGGCUCGGUGUGAGCUGGCGUCAAGCUCACUCUGAAGCCCACGGGACUUUGUCUGGAAUCGACCGCUAUCGCUGCGCGUGUCGCCCAGCCGGACCCGAGUACGGCGGAGCUCAUCCCCAGCUCGCGGUUCGCGCCUCCCAGCUGGCGGAUCUUUGCUAUAAU